CCAAUGCGUUGUCUAAUAUAAAGACAUGACUCAAAACAUGUCGUAAUUUAUGCUUAAUAUUAGUAAAAAUUGCAUAAACUUUUGGAUUUUGUUGAUUGCAUUGAUUGACUGUUUAAAGUAAUUGUAAACUAAUAGUCAUUUAUAUUGUCAUCGAUUUUGUGGACAUUUGGUCAUUGAUUAAGACAACAAUUGAGAGGUCAUGGACUCACUUAAGCAAUACAUGCAUAACAUCCGCAUCCCUGUCAACACCGACAAGAUCUACAAAGACGAGUGUGUCUUCUCGUUUGACACUCCGUUAUCAUCAGAUGGUCUGUAUGUAUGUCUGAACACAUUUCUCGGAUUUGGUCGCGAUUUUGUCGAAUUGCACCACAAAAAGACUGGAAACGCUGUAUUUUUUCACACCAAGAGAAUUGCUCGUCCGAUGCCUCAAAGUGAUUGCGAAGAAAUUAAGCCAAAGAUAACAAAAUUGGCGAUCGGUGUUGAGGGAGGUUUUGAUGUCAACUCACAGAGUAGACAACAAUACGAUGACAUGAAUGAAAUCGUGAUUUUGCCACAAUUUGUUACAAUUCCUCUGCCGAACCCCGAUCUGCCCGAACAGAUUUUACAGUCAAUUUCGGCCAUUAUUUCAGCCGACUCUGCCUCGAGAUUAGAGGAGUUGCAGGCAUUGGCCGGCACUUGGGAUGGAGAGAAAAGGAUUGUUACAAAACACGCCAACACAUUGAUCCAAUUGGACAACGGCAUCAAAAUCCCCCCAAAAGGAUGGAAAUGUGAUAAAUGUGACAAAAGAGACAAUCUUUGGUUGAAUCUGACGGACGGAAUUAUACUUUGUGGCCGAAAAUACUUUGACGGAACCGGUGGUAAUAAUCACGCCUCUGAAUAUUAUAAUGAGAAGAAAUAUCCGCUGGCAGUCAAAUUAGGAACAAUUACUCCUGAAGGAGCCGAUGUUUAUUCCUAUGACGAGGAUGAUAUGGUUGAUGACCCCAAUUUGACCAAACAUUUGGCACAUUUUGGUAUAAAUAUAGCUAAGAUGGAAAAGACCGACAAAUCAAUGAUUGAGUUGGAGAUUGAUUUGAACCAACAGUUCGGCGAGUGGUCUAUAAUACAAGAAGAAGGCUCACAAUUAGUGCCACUUUAUGGUCCGGGAUAUACGGGUCUCGCAAAUCUCGGCAAUUCGUGUUAUUUAAAUUCAGUAAUGCAAGUGAUAUUUACAAUACCAGACUUCCAAAAACUGUAUUUCCCAUCCAACCAUAUCUUUGAAGCCUCGCCAGCAGAUCCACCAUCUGAUUUCACCACACAAAUGGCAAAACUAGCGUAUGGACUAUUGUCAGGCAAGUACUCAAAGCCAUGCAAUGAUGAAUCUAAAGAACAAAGUGGUAUAAAGCCAACAAUGUUUAAGAAUUUCAUUGGAAAAGGACAUCAAGAGUUUUCAACUAAACGACAACAAGAUGUUCAAGAAUUCUUUCUUCAUCUCAUUAAUGUUAUCGAACGUAACAAUAGGUCUAAUGCAAGCCCUCCUCCCACCGAUUGCUUCAAGUUUCAGGUAGAAGAACGCAUUGAAUGCUCAAUGUCUAAGAAAGUGAAGUACACGACGAGGACUGAGUACUUAUUAUCACUUCCAGUGUCUGAUUCUGUAAUCAAUAGAGAGGCAGUUAAAGUAUUUGAGGAAAAGAAAAAAGAGUUGGAACUUAAAGGACAAAAAAUUGAUCCCAAAGAAGUUGUUCGACCCAUUGUACAAAUAACCUCAUGUAUUGAUACAUUUGCAGCGCCGACACUAAUUGAAGAUUUUUUUAGUACAGCAAUUAAUGGCAAAUCAAUGGCUAAGCAAACCACACGAUUGAAGACAUUUCCUGAUUAUAUGAUGAUUCAUAUAAAGAAGUUUACACUCGGAGAUGAUUGGGUCCCCAAAAAGCUUGAUAUUUCACUCGAUGUCCCAGAAAUUAUCGAUAUAUCUUAUUUGAAAUCAACUGGUCUUCAACCUGGAGAAGAACUUUUACCCAGUGGUGAUACAGCUACCGGUGCCAAUGCAUUCGAGUUUAAUGCAUCAAUAUUGGCCCAGUUAUCUGAAAUGGGUUUUGCAGUUGAGGGCUGUAAGCGGGCUCUUUAUAAUACAAAUAAUGGUGAUAUAGAAACCACAAUGAACUGGAUUAUGGAGCAUAUGAACGAUCCAGACUUCUCCGAUCCAUUUAUUUUACAGUCGGGUGCGACAAAUGUUAAAGAAGUUAAUUUCGUUGCUAAUCCAGAAGCAAUGGCAAUGAUUAUGUCUAUGGGUUUUACCAAUGAACAGGCUUUACGUGCUUUGAAAGCAACGGAUAAUAACACAGAGCGUGCCGUUGACUGGAUUUUUAGUCAUACAGAAGAUUUAAAUACAGAUGUCAUGCAAACUGAUAACAUACAAACUGAAGCACAGUCUUCCAGUGCCACCAAUUAUCGAGACGGUUCCGGUAAAUACAAAUUAGUUGCUUUCAUCAGUCAUAUGGGCACCAGUACUAUGUGUGGUCACUAUGUGUGUCAUAUAUUGAAAGAGAACCGUUGGGUUAUAUUUAACGAUAACAAAGUAGCCGUUUCUGAAAAUCCACCAAAAGAUUUAGCAUAUCUUUAUUUGUAUCAACGCAUUGAGCAAUGAAAGCACUGUUAGCUGUGCCCAAAAUGACAAACCAAACUUAUGCUUCAUAUAACUAAUUUUGUUUGUCUAUUAUAAUAUUUCAUAUAGUUUUAUAACUUAUUUUUUUGUAUGCAAAUUGUUUAACCCAAAGAUAAUAGUUGUGUAAACAUAUUUCAUGUACUAAGUGUUGAUAUACUGUAUGUUAUUUAUUAGGAGUUUAA